AUGCGUUCAUGCACGUUUGUGCUUGCGGCUGCGGCCACUGCUGUCUCGGCCGCACCCAGAUAUGUCAUGUAUUUCGACCAGUAUGUUCCAAGUCGGAAGACGGUCUUCUCUUCUCUCCAAGAGGCUUUGCUAACUCAUCGCUUCACCCUCAGAUGGCACAAAGCAACGCUACCCCCGAGGGACGUGACUGCAGGCGUAAACUACGUCAUAACCGCCUUUGCGCCCUCGUCUACCUUCACCUUUGGUAGCUAUUACGAACCUUUUAUGCCUCUCAGUCAGGUGCGGGAUCUGUUUGAUAGGGGUACAAAGGUGUGUAUGGCCAUCGGCGGAUGGGGUGAUACUUCUGGUUUCAGUGCCGGCGCUGCCACCCCGGACACGCGCAAGACGUACGCCAAGAACGUUGCUGCUGCUCUGAGCAACCUCGGUUACGACUGUGUCGACGUUGACUGGGAGUAUCCCGCCGGCAAUGGUCAGGACUACAAACAAAUCCCCAACGAUCAGAAAGUCUCGGAAAUAGAGACAUACCCGCUCUUGCUGGAGGAGAUCAAGGCUGCCAUUGGAGACAAGGAGUUGUCCAUUGCCGUCCCUGGGAAGGAGGGUGACAUGAUUGCUUUCACGGCCAAGCAGGUUCCCAGGAUUGACAAGGCUGUUGAUUUUAUCAAUGUCAUGACGUACGACAUUAUGAACCGCCGAGACAACGCUACCAACCACCACACAUCUGUUGUGGAUUCCGCCCAUACUAUUGACACGUACAUUCAGCGAGGCAUGACUCCGAGCAAGAUGAAUCUUGGCUUCGCCUUCUACGCCAAGUAUUUCACCACAAAGGAUGGUGCCGAAUGCGCCAACCCCACUGGCUGUCCUACAGCAGUUCUCGAAGCCGCCGAUGGAUCUGACACCGGACUUUCGGGAGCCGUGACGUUUGAAGUUGAAAACUACAACAAUGCUGCUUUUGUCAAGGCCUUGACGAAUGGCCAGACUGACACGGCCAAGGGAGGCCAGUGGUACUGGGAUUCUUCUGCUAAGCAGUACUGGACCUGGGAUACCCCCGAUCUUGUUUCGCGAAAAUUCAAGGAGAUUGUAGCUACCAAGAAGUUGGGCGGUGUCUUUGCUUGGAGUCUGGCUCAAGAUAGCCACGAUUGGAGCCAUUUCAAGGCCAUGCAAGCCGGUGUCAAGGCACUGUAA